UGUGGUCAAAUCUUAACCUAACCAUCGGGUUAGUGUUUGUUCCUCUCUGCUUUGCUUUGCCCUGCCGCCCACCUCUGAUAUCGAAGCCUUGGGCUUGUACCUGCAACUCAACCGGAUCGCUUCUUCUUCUUUCAUCCAUGGCGGAAGCCCAGAGCGAAAAAACCCCUUCCUUAGCCGAGCAAUACUCCUUGAAAGAAAAAGAGGAGAAGGUGGAUAUACCAAAUCCCUCUGAAGUGAAAGAGGUGGAGAACUCUGAAAAUGCAGCUCAUGCUGAAGUUGUUGUGAAGAAUGAUGAACCACCUGUUGAAGCUGAGGCUAAUCAAGGCAGUGACGAUUCUCCUGCUGAAGAAAACAAUGGAGAUGCUCCAGCAGCUGCUGCUGUAGAGGAUUCUGAAACCAGUCCUGCUGCUGAAAAUGACAGUGGAGCUGCCGAUGAAGAAAGCAGCGGAGCUGGAGGAGAGGAAAAUUCUGGUGAUCAAGAAAGCACCGAUGAGCGACCUGAGAUUAAGCUCGAAACAGCCCCAGCAGAUUUCCGUUUCCCUACUACAAAUCAAACUAGGCAUUGCUUCACCCGGUAUAUUGAGUACCAUAGAUGCAUACAAGCGAAAGGGGAAGGUGCCCCGGAGUGCGACAAGUUUGCGAAAUAUUAUCGUUCUCUUUGCCCGAGUGAAUGGGUAGAGAAGUGGAACGAGCAGAGGGAGAAUGGAACCUUCCCAGGUCCGCUGUAGGAGUAGGAGUUGCCUAUUCGAAAAUUCAGCAGCAGUUUCCCUCAUGCUGCCGUACCAAGGCAAAUAAACUCUGGCGAAUGUUCUCUUUCAAACAAUUGAGUUAUAAUAAUUUUCGGCUGGUUUUGGUCUUUUAUUCAAAAUCCAUUUGGAAGCUAGUUUUGUUGAUGCAACCGCAUUAUUCCUCAUUACAUAUGCCAAAUCGUUUUUUCAUAUUUAGAUGUUCCAUCAAAUUGCAUGGAAGCUUAGAACCACUGCUGCAAGACCAUCUUAUAUGUGCGUUGAUUAAAUGCAUUUGUGAAAAUUCUAAUAAGCUAAGCCAAUUUGCUCA